UGUGCCACAUCUAUACCUUUCUGAAGAUGUUUCAGCUAAGAAUCUUCUGUGCACUGCUGUCCUUCAGCAUCGCCUUGGUGACAAGUGAUGAACCUUCUCAUCCAGAACUUGGAGAAAUGAUGCGUGGUCCCAGAAUUGUAGAGCAAAAAGCUCAGUCGGACUGCAAAUCUGAUAAGGAUUGGCCAAUAUGUGCCGAUGAGGACUGGGGCACUAAAUGUCCCUCAGGUUGCAGGAUUCAAGGACUGAUAGAUGAAACAAAUUAUGACUUUCAAAACAGGAUAGAAAAGAUUAAGAAGGGGCUUUUGGACAGCCAAAAUAGUUACAAGUCAUCUAAUAAUUUGAAACAAGAAAUUUUUAAUUAUCUGGAAAGAUAUCUGCCCAGUGAACAAGAAUUAGAUAAGAACUAUGGACAAAUAUCUGAUGAUCUGAGAAGGAGGCUGGUGACACUGAAGCAGAGAGUUGCUAAUCAAGUAGAAAGGAUUAAAACCUUGCAGAACUCAAUCCAGAAUCAAGUUGGAGAGAUGAAACGUUUAGAGGUGGACAUUGAUAUAAAGAUACGUGCCUGCAAAGGAUCGUGUGCUCGUGUUUUCAGCUACAAUCUGGACACUGAGAGUUAUGGAAACAUACAGAAGCAACUGGUACAAGUUAAUGCCAUUAAACUGGUAUCAGAAGAAGAAGCUGUUCCGCUCAAGUCCCUGAAAAUAACACAAGUGAAGGAUUCUACUGCUCCCAGUCACUAUAAAUCUGGUCCUCUGACUGAACAGGAAGCAAGCAUACUUGACAGUAUAAAGAUGUUUAAGGUAAUAUUGGAAGAUUCUAAAGGAUCCUUAGCAGACUCCAAAUUUGCUGCUCCCGGAGCAGCAGAGGUUGGAAAAUCAUCUACAAGCAAAGUAAUAAUAAGACCUUCUACUGACGUCCAUACCAGCCGUACAUGUAUCAAAACCAUCACUAAAAAAGUCAUCCGUGGGCCCGAUGGGUUACGAGAAGAGACAGUUGAAGAAUUUAAAACUCCUGACGGUUCCGAUUGUUCUAAUUUGCAAGGUUUCAUUAAAGAAGCGAUCAGUAGUGCAGGUGGCGGAAGUGGCUCUCAUGACUUUGUUCCCCUCCAUCCCGAUGCCGAUUCCGGAACCCUAUCAUUCACGCACAGAAAAAUACAGGAAGGGGACACUUUUUCAGAAAUAGGGGAGGGAGAACUGGAUGAUUUCUCAAGAUUUGACCAUUUCUCCCAAGGAGGCAACACCAAGACAAUCGUAGAGACCAAGUCAAGAAGAAUCAUUGAAACGGAAGAAAUACAACAUGAUGAAAACAUAGAGCAUCAUGUAGAAGAGCAAAGCUUCAAUGCUGAGGAGAAGCUUGGGAAAGGCAACAUCGGGACAGGUAUCCAUCCACUGAAAACUUCUGUCAACUUGAUCAACUUUGUUUUUUUAGACUGUGAGGAUAUCCACCAAAAACACACUUCUGGUGCCCAAAGUGGCAUUUUCAGAAUCACGCCAGCAGGAUCCGCUAAGGUUUUUUCAGUUUAUUGCGACCAAGAGACUACUUUGGGAGGAUGGCUUCUGAUCCAACAGAGAUCGGAUGGGUCAUUGAAUUUUAACCGGACCUGGGAAGACUACAAGAAAGGUUUCGGCAGCUUGGAUGUCAAAGGGAGGGGAGAAUUCUGGUUGGGCAACGAAAAUCUACAUAUGCUGACCCAGAAAGAUACUGUCCUUCGGAUUGAACUAGAAGAUUGGGAGGGUGAUAAAGUUUAUGCAGAAUAUAAUAUACACAUAGGUUCUGAAUCAGAAGGUUAUAGACUCAGAGUCUCUAAUUAUAAGGGGACAGCAAGGGAUGCCCUGAUCAGAGGUUCAGAGGAAGAUGGCAUUGAAUAUACGGCUCACACUAACAUGAAAUUUAGUACUUAUGACCGAGACAAUGAUCAGUGGGAGGAUAAUUGUGCCGAGGUGUAUGGAGGUGGCUGGUGGUAUAACAACUGCCAAGCUGCUAAUCUCAAUGGUAUUUACUACUCAGGGGGUCAGUAUGAUCCAAGGAACAAUGCUCCUUAUGAGAUUGAAAAUGGAGUGAUUUGGUUACCCUUUCGGCCAUCAGAUUAUUCUCUCAAAGUUGUGAGAAUGAAAAUUCGGCCAGUGGAAACAGACUAGAUGCCAGUCCUAAAAUUUAAUCCAACUUCCAAAACAAUAUAUACCUCAGACCUAUGUGUGUAUGUGUGUGUGUUUGUUUCUUUACUAUCUGAA